AGGACGCAGCGCCGCCCUCUCGCGCGCGCCCUUUGUUCUCCCGGGACCGCUUUCCCGCCUCGCUGGAAAAUCGGGGCUGGCGGGAGGAGGGGACGGCGUUUCGAUUCGUCUUCGCGCCCCCCGGCCCCAGACGCCUUCCCUUCGCGAAGCGCCCCACGAGCCCCGCACCCCAGGAACUGAAGACCGGUCAUGGAGCAGAGGCACAGAUUGCUCAGGAUCCUCGAGGAGCUGACAAUGGACGAGCUCCCGAAGUUCGCCUUUUACCUGCCCGCCACCAUCCCGCGCGGGAAACGCGACACCGUCUCCCGGGUGGACCUAGCGGAGGUGAUCCUGCAGUAUUACCCCGUGGAAGCCUUAGAUGUCACCGCCGAGGUGUUAAACAAAAUGCCGAGGAGAGAUCUCGUCUCGAUGCUUCAGGGCGAACGGAGCGGAGUGGGUCCCUGGGGGGAGAGGACCGAAGAAGAGAGGGAAGUGGCGGCGGCGGCAGCACCACCCAAGCUGGUUACACAACAACAGCUGAUGAGACUAGCCAGCAAAGUGGGCAAGAACUGGAAGAUGAUUGGGAUUUUGUUCCUGGGUAUGGAAAAUUCACGUCUGGAGCAGAUUGAAGAAGAGAAUCCUAAAAACAUUGUCAUGCAAGUUUUCAGAAUGUUGUAUGAUUGGAAGAACCGUGAAAAGGACAAGGCCACCGCAGGCCACCUGUAUAACCUUCUUAACCAGGAAGGGGUAGAACUUGACCCCAGCACCUAUGCUUUUCUUAUAGAAUAAAAAACACCUGAAAAAGUUCUUGAAAAAGGUCACCCAACCUUGCAGGAGAUGGGCUUCAUCAGCAUUCAGUGUCCUUCUUACCACCUGUGAGUGUUGCCAUUAAAUACCAAAUUUGCUAUUCAAUGUGACGCAGUUGUAGGGAAUUUUUUUAACUAUCAGGGUGCAACAAGGUACUUCAGAACAGGUGUGGGCAUACUGCCAGUGUCUUCUUAACUCAAGUGUCUAUUUUCCUGGAAUUGCACAGCUACUGUAUGAACACAGGAAAAGAUGGCCCUUCUUUAAGGAAGUAACAAAGGUGCAGGGUGUGUGAGCACACCCCCUUCAAAGCACUUUCUUAGCUUGGAUCUGAAGUGCUGCAAAGUACUAGUAAUAACAGUAUAUUGGGGUGGGGAAUUGUUGGUAACCCCUUUCAUAUUGGACAAACUAUUUAACUUCACUCCCAAGCUUGCUUUCUCUUGCUCCAUCUCUGUUGCAAUAUCUCCUUUUCUGAUGAACAAGCCUGCAACCUUUCCUUUCUCUUUAUUUUUUCUCCCUUUUUAUUUCCUUCAUUCUGCGCUGAAGUUUUAUUUGCUUUUCUCUAUAUAAAAUGACAAAACAAAUCUAACUAUUCUUCUCUGUCUUCUCCAUUACAACUGGGUCAUGUGCUAGUCUUAUCUUGUUCUGCCUGCACUUGGAUCCACUCCCAUUUUUUUUUAAACGCUAUAAAAAUAGUAAUUACCUCUUGCCAUAGUGGAGAACAUAUGGAUCUUGGGAUUGAAUUGUUGGGUUCUUGGUGCUCUCUGAACUUGGUGAUAGUUAUACAUAGCUGUUUGGAGAGAGAAGAAAGGAAGGAAGGAUAGAUGAUAGAAACAACCACCCACAAACCCCACUUCAUGCACUGAUGGUGUUAUAAAGGAAGGUAAUGAAACAUCUGGAAGGUGAAAACCAAUUCAGAGGCAACCCAGUAAUAUUUACCUCUCUUAUCACACAGAUUAUGUGAUGUCCUUUUAAAUGCACGCCAUUGGCUUCCCACUCCUUUCCAGUACAAACUCCUGAGCUGGGUUCGCAUACUGUGGUAAGCCAGUGCAAUGCCAUUUGUCUCACUUGCAAUUUAACACAAUGCAUGAACUCAGUCAGUGUGGUAUGUAUGUAAAUGUAAAAGUUGCCAUUAUAUACCCUAUUCAACAAAGCAUAAUUUAAAAUGAAGCAUUGCUUUGAGCCCAGCCUUAGCUUUAUAAAGGUCCUUAGUAGGUUUCAUACCUAAAAAAAUUAAAUAUUCCACAUAUGUCUCUCUCUCUCUCUCAUACACACACACACACAUCUACACAGUAGAGAACUGUGCCCCACAUCCCAGCCUGCAUCAUCAUGUCUCCGUAUCAUUCAGUGCAGCUAUUGGUGGCCAAAAAGAUACAAUUUAAAAAAUAAAACAAAACCUGUCCCCUGACUUCUAAAACUUGGGUCACUUUUGUAGCAAAGAUAAAAAAUACUUUCUUCCACAUGUGGUGGCAAUAUGGAAUUUCUGACUUUAUCAUAAAGACCUUAUUGGUCCUACCACAGGUUUUUAGGUCCUCCCUGUAUUUCAUUGCAUUUGAUAUCAACAGGAUAUCAACAACCAUCCUUGUUUCAUGUAUCCUACUAGUAGCUAUCCAGGCAGAAUUCUUCCCAUUCCCUUCAGCGAUUUGAGAAAAUGAGGCUUUACUAACUGCAGAGCAUGUUAACUCUGGGCAGAAGUAAACUAGAUCUUUCAGCUCAAGACUUACCCUUGUAGUUUAGAUUGUAGUUUAAAUAAAUGUCCAUGCCUUAUUAACCAUUGUUGUAAAGCUCACUUUAAUUAUUCAUUGCUUACAUUAUACUAGCUGUAGGGUUUCUUUCCUGUUCAUUGGCUUUGCUUCUGUAAAUUUUAACAUGGUCCACAUUCAUCCUAUGUUUGCUUUUGCACUUUUUAAAAAUACAAAGGAUUACUUAAUAUGUCUACCAAAAUAAAGUUUUAAAAAUUAUAAACAAUUGAAUGCUCUUUGGGGGCAGAGACACAGCUAUUUCUAAUGCUGCCAUAUAUAAAAUGAUAUUGAUGUAUAAAAGCAAUACAUCUAAAUACAUAGGAGGGUAAGUAAAAUGUGCACACAGAAUUUCAAGCUCUGCAACACUUAGUUUUGCAUUUGUUUUGUUCAUCUUUCCAUCCAUUAAAAAAACAAAUAACUAUAGUAGGUAAAGAUACCAAAGCUAGAAACUGGGAGACUGUGAGUUCUAGUCCUGCCUUAGGCACAAAGCCAGCUGGGUGACCUUGG